UAAUUGUCAAUUGUAAGAAGAAAAAGAAUAGUCAAUUGUCGCUAAAAGCAGCUAUAUCGACGAGAAUGUGCCGCUUUUGCGCUUGUAACAUUGCAAAAAAUGAGCUGAGCAAAAAAUGUUCUUACAAGAAAAACGAUCAAGAGCACGAAGUCCCUUGGAGUACAAAGUACAUUUGUGUAGAUUAUCAACCAUCAAAUUUUAUUCAACCGAAAAAUUACGCAGGAUUACCAGUCAUUGUAAAUGGAAAACAUUUGUCGAGUGAAGAGGAUCAAAUAUUUUGCCCCAUGUUUUGGAGUCUCGUUCCGUCUUCUUUCAAUGAGGAUUUACAAAAAUGGGAUUGCAAAACACAUAAUGCAAGAAUUGAAAAUUUAAAACAAAGCAAGAUUUAUUCCGCUGCUCUAGGCGAGGGAAAACGUUGCGUUGUAGUUAUGGAAGGAUUUUACGAAUAUCAUAAACCUUCUCCUGAUCGCCCAGCUGAUGUUUAUUUUCUCCAAUCGCAAAAAAAUGAUCAGCUGCUUAAAGCGGCUGGAUUAUUUACUCUCGUUAAAAACACAAAUGGUAAUAUAAUUCCUACUUGUACAGUGAUAACGGCGGAAUCAGAGUGUAAUGCUCAACAAGUACAUCACAGAAUUCCAGUGUUACUUCAAGAUAACUUGGAUAUUGAGGCAUGGCUUGACUACAACAAAGUUUCAUCAUCAGAUGCAGUUGAUAAAAUAAAAUCAAAGGAGCAACCUGAUUUAAAAUUUUAUAAAACAGAUAAAGUUGGUUCAAGAGAACCAAAAAGUGCUAAAUUAAAUCAUUUUUUUCUUUUUUCAACAGAAAAUCAUUGGCUUCCAAAAGUAUCAUGUCUAACUGGUUAAAUGUUGGAAAGGGAGUCAAACGUAAAGCAGAUUCGUAAUUUUUCAACUCACUUUAGAGUCUAAAAUUAAUACAUUUUUUUCUAAAGAACUUGUAUCUACAUUUUCCAAUAAAAGAACUAUAACAUA